GUGAAAGCUUGAGCUAGGACCACCCUAACGCCAUUCCAGAUCGUCAUCGAACUUUCAGAGCUGCGACAUCCAUGACAUUGCCAGACGGACAUACUCCGUACCACUUCUGAGCAAAACGUCUCUUGUGACAAUCCGAGCCAAUUAAGCAUUCUAAUCGAAUACCACGCCCUCGCACUACCUUACGCGAUGCCGACAACUGGUCCUCCGCCACCCCUGCCGGGAGAUCGGCCCCUGCCAUCUUCCUUUGACAAUGACGAAGACUUCUACAAUGAAAACGGCUUCCAAAAGAUCGCCCGAAAGCUCAAGCAGGAGCCGCUGGUGCCGCUGGGCUGCGUGCUGACGGUGGCGGCCUUCACCGGCGCGUACCGGGCCAUGAGGGCGGGCGACCACGGGCGAGUCAAUCGCAUGUUCCGCUACAGAAUCGCCGCGCAGGGCUUCACCAUCCUCGCCAUGGUGGCCGGCGGCAUCUACUACAGCGACGACCGCCACAAGGAGCGCGAGAUGUGGAAGGCCAAGCGCGAUGCCGACGAGGAGGAGAAGCGCCUCAAGUGGAUCAAGGAGCUCGAGGCCAGGGACGAGGAGGACAAACUCGCAAAGGAGAUCAUGGACAAGAGGAGGCAGCGCGCCGCCGCCGCCGCCGCCAAGCGCGAGGGCAGGGCCGUCGAGGACAAGGCCGCAGAGGGUGGUGCGGCUGCUGCACAGGAUGCCAAGUCGUCUUCUGGUCUGAGCUGGGCCUCAGCGCCUGGGUGGUUUGGCGGGAACAAGAACGAGCCCGACGCAAACGCGCAGACGAAUACAGGAGAUGCUGAAAAGCCGUCGGAGAAAUGAAGGAGUUGACCCUCUCUCCGUUUCUUAUGUAUACUACAGAUUGUUAAGGCGUUUUUUUUUUCUUUUUUUGGGCUAGCAAAAAUUGGGGACAUCUCAGACCCCCACGGUGGAUUGAUCAGUUGCCGAUGAACGAUGGGCUGAUACCAGUGUAAUAUGACGCUAUCUAGAUGUAUCAAUAUCUUUACGUUG